AUGUGGUUCUUGUGUGAGGUUGUGGGUUUGCGUGGAUGUGCUGUUGGAUGUGUUUUUUUUUUGCAUUUUUUUUGUUUUGUUGUGGAUGACGGAGUUGUGGAUGAGGUUGUGUCGGCGAUGGAUGGCUCAUGUGAGUCUGAUGAGGCACUCGCCUCACACGAGGUUGUUAGUGUUUUGCUGCUGCACAACCGCGUUGGCGUUGCGUCCUACGAUAGUGCCACUUGUCAGGUGAGCUGUUGUGAAGCUGCAGUGGCGUUGGACCGCAGCGAGGAGGUGGUUGUUCGCAGUGCGAUGGAUGUGCCAGGGGAUAUUGUGUGGGUGGCGCAGCUUUUUUCGCUUAAGAGGCCGAAGGUGGUGUUGAUCCCGUCCGCGGGAUCGCAGGUACUGCUGGACAUUGCCUCAGUGUUUUCUGUGAAUGUCGUUCUCACAGCCCCUUGCGAGUUUGAUGAGGGUCGCGUUUGGGAUCUCCUUGGCAUUUUGUGGGGAAGCGUCACUCGGCUGGAGUGGCACUCCCGCAUCUCUCCGCACAAUCAUGUGAUGCUGAUGGCCCUUUCGGCGCUGUUGCCUUACCUGCAACGGUGCGAGUGCCCCAUAGCUGACGUGGCUGAGGUGCCUCCGAUAGGUCUACUGUACGUUGAUCAGGACACGCUGUCUGGUCUGCAGCUUCUUCGGACGGAACCCCAUCCAAUGGACUUUCAGGGAAUCGGGCGUGGGAAGGAGGGGCUUUCCCUGCUAAGCGUUGUGGAUCGCACGUGCAGUGUGCUUGGUCGGGCACUUCUUCGGCAGUGGUUUUUGCUUCCGGUGCGAGACGAAGUGGAAUUGCAGCGACGUUACGACGUUGUCUCAUUCUUCACAAUGCAGGAGAAUUACGAUCUCAUGAUGCAGCUUCGGCGCGCACUGCGUCAUGUACGGUACACGAGCAACAUCUUCACAAAGAUUCGGGCGGCAAAACACAGAACAACAGACUACGAAUCUCUUUUGCGCUCUGUGAGGAGCUUUUUGCGCAUCACAUCGCUGCUCUUACCGCAGGCACAUUCUCUACCUAUGUUUUUGCGCAUUGUCGCAAGCUGUCAAACCACUCAACUGGAAGAAAUGAGCCGUCUCAUUGAUGAGGGUAUUUCUUUUUCCAGAGACCCUGACGGGGCGUUGAGUAAAACCUAUGUGCAUAUCCGCUCGGGGUUUGAUGCCAAAUUGGACGAACUUCAAGCCCACUGCUCUCGAUUGGAUGAAGUGUUGACGAUUAUUGCACAUGAAGAGUCCCGUUGCCUGCCUUCGAGCUGGAGUCCCUGUAGCGUGGUGUGCGUGUUCGUACCGCACUGGGGCUAUCUUGUGACGCUCCCUCAUUUUUCGCUGCCACUCACCCUGGAGGAAAUGCCACCUGAUUGGGAGUUGCUGCUUCGAACUGAGGAGGGACCUUUUUUCAAAACCCCAUUGACGCGUCGCUUGGACGAGGAAUUGGGAGAUGUGCGCUCGGCCAUUUUGGAGAGAGAGGGAGAGAUCCAGCGUCAGUUGGAUCAAUAUUUGAUAGUCCUGUCACCGGCACUGAUUCCUCUACACCUUUGUGCGGAACUUGAUUGCCUUAUGGGGUUUGCGCUUUGUGCGUUGGAGGGGCAAUGGAGCCGUCCAGAGCUUGUACCAGAGCCUGGCGUACUCGUUAUUGACAGCGGGGUUCACCCCAUUUUUGCACGCACUGCGGCACAUCAAGUCGUGCCAUAUUCACUAAAUAUUCGCAACAGCACUGAACGGGUUUGUGUGGUUACAGGGGCAAAUGGAAGUGGAAAGUCGAUCUUUAUCACAGCCAUCGCACAUGCAGUCUUUCUUGCCCAUAUUGGGUCUUAUGUCCCUUGUGCCCAUGCUACCAUUGGUCUUUUCGACACCUUGAUGACCCUUUACGCCGCGUCGUCCAAUUCCAACGGCAGAAACUCAAUGUCUGCAACGAAGGAGUUACAUUCAAGCUUCGGGAAUGAGUUGGUAUCAAUGAGUCGUAUGCUACAGAGAUGCAGUAUUCGUAACAAGGAGGGAGGGGCUGGAUCUGGGCGUUCGUUGUUGGUGCUGGACGAGUUUGGAAAGGGAACACUUUCAAUGGACGGUGCCGCAUUGCUGGCAGCCUCCAUACGGUCGCUGAUUUCAUUUGGUGAACGACGUCCCAUUGUGCUUCUGGCAACGCACUAUGUGGAGGUGCUGCAGCCCAAUCUCAUUCCUCGGGAGGAAAUCAUGGUGCUUGAGAUGCAGACGACGCUUGCGAUGACUGCUUCUAAGCGGGGAGAAGAGAGCGGAGAGGCGUGGGCAGAAUUUGUUUGUGGUAACGAGCAACUUGUCCAUUCGUAUCGUGUGGAGCCCGUUCAAAGUAUUGGCAAUAUGGGCACGUCGCAGCACAAGGGGAUGACUUCUCAGGCACUGCGCUUCGCUCUACAAUUCUCUAUUCCUCCUCUCUUAUUACAGCGUGCAUGGGACUUAGUGGUCACAGAAGGUGUAUGA